AUGCUGCAGACACGGAUAGCACGGCGGACAGUUGCCGUCUUGUCGACACGCGCCGCCCUUCGCCUCCCUUGUCCUCCUCAUCUCCCCCCGACACAACCCUUCUCGACGACUCGACCCGCCCGCUUCCAGUUCGAAGCUGCGCCGUUCGGCUCUCCAGACGACAGUCUCCGUGACCGACUCGAAGGCGCCGCAGAUACCCGGGCUGACCCGCAGUACAAGGUCGAGGCAUGGCCAGUGCUCUUUCCCCGAGAGCGCGCCGUCACGAUUUCGGAGGUGGCUGCCGCGACGGCGGUGAGCGGGGGACUUGGCGUGAGGAUGGGCCUACACCAUCUCGCGAAGCGCUUCUUCGGUUACGAGGGGCUGAGACCGCACGUCAAGAUGGUCGCCUUCAAAGCGCUGUACCUUCCCGUGUGGUUCGUCGACUUGAGUGCGUCGGCUACGGCAGUGAUGGGGGACGAAUGGUACAACUUGACAGUCGAAUCCUUCCGCGUCCCGAUACCCGGCUUCAACCUCCCGCCUCUGACCGGCAUGCCCAUUCGCAUCCCUGAAGACGACCCCUCUUUGAUCUGGAAGGGCGAGGACUUCGACCCCUCCAUCCCCACCAUCCCGUUUACCCGCCACCCCCUUAACAUCCCUCAGAAGCUCAAGGCUUUGCCUCGACGAGUAGCGCGCGACGAGGACGACGUCGGCUUCGACCCCAGCCGAGCAAAGUUCCGCAUGAUCGCCAACUACGCUACCUACAUGCCGGUCUAUCUGGGCGAGUGGGAGGUGGAAUCGGCCGAGUUCGAGUCCGGCAAGACGAGGGUCACGACGUGCAUAUUUGCCGACUCUCCCCAGCCGCGCUUCUGCAUGUACCUGCAGAGGACGCCCGACAGCCAGCCCGAGUGGAAGCCGGCUCCGGCAUCGACUUUCACGCUGUCCAUUUCUGCGCGUCCCGCCUCGGCAGCGGUGUGGGCUGCUCAAAGUGCCAAGAGCAACAACUUGAAGAAGGUGUUUGGUGAGCGGCUGCAGGCGGCGAUUGACGAGUUGAAGGCGGAGAGGGAGGAAAUGGGCGAGGGCUUUGUCGAGUGGACGGAUGUCCUGCCCGAGGGCGGCAUCCUCGACUUUACCGCGAAGCAUGAUCGGGUGUGCUCGCAUGAGACGUGGCAAGAUAUAAACGAGGCAUAUACGGAAGCGCUAGAGAAGUAUGAGAUCGCUCGCGAGUUUCAGGAGCGAGUCAAGGAGAUGCCAACCAGCAACGUCGCUCUCAUUCGCCCCUCCCUCCGCUCGCCCAUCCAGCGGAUAGACCGCAAGCAGUUGCUGGAGACGAUCAGCGACUCGGUUGACGAGUGGCGGGAGUUGGUGGAGGAGUCGAAGCCGGACUGGCUGCGCAAGGCGGAGGAGAACGAGAAGAGCGUAGCCGGGCGUGAGACGAGCAAGACCCGGGCGCGGGACCGUGGCCGGCGAGUGUGA